AUGCGUGCCGCCGCAAUCCUUCUGUUCCUUCUGGGAGCAGUCAUCUCGCUCGUCAGCGGACAGCGAGACAACGGCUACACCGACGUCGUCCAGUGGGACGAGAACAGCUUGUUCAUCAACGGCGAGCGCGUCUACAUCUACUCCGGCGAAUUCCACUAUGCUCGCUUGCCAGUGCCCGAGCUAUGGCGUGAUGUUAUCCAGAAUGUCUACUUCUUUUGGUCCUACCACUCGCCCUCGAAGGGAGUCUUCGACUUCGAAUCUCCUGGCAAGGACAUCCAGAAACUCUUCGACAUUGCCAAGGAAGAAGGCGUUUACAUUAUCGCUCGCCCGGGCCCGUACUGUAACGCCGAAACCAGCGCUGGUGGCUACGGCCUCUACAUCACCGACGGCAGCGGCGGCGACCUCCGAACCAACGACGAGACGUACUACGAGCAAUGGCUGCCCUGGGUCAACGCCAUCAUGCCCAUCAUCGCUCGGAACCAGAUCACCGAAGGCGGUCCCGUCAUCCUGGUCCAGGUGGAAAACGAGCUCACACAGUCCCGCCAUGUUGCCGACGACCCCCUGGUCCUCUACAUGGAGCAGAUAAAGAAGGCUUUCCGCGAGAACGGUAUCGUGGUCCCCUUUACUUCCAAUGAGAAGGGCAUGCGCGGCCAGAGCUGGUCUGUCGACUACCAGAACGUCGGCGGCGCAGUCGACAUCUAUGGCCUGGAUUCGUACGCUGGUGGACUGAGCUGCAGCAACAUCGAUACCGGGUUUAACCUCGUCCGUACAUACUACCAGUGGUUCCAGAACUACUCGUACACCCAGCCCGAGUUUACCCCCGAGUUCAAGGGCGGUUGGUUCCAGCCGUGGGGCGGCUACUUCUUCGAUGAGUGCGUUUCGGAGCACGACACUGCCUACCCUGACGUCUUCUACAAGAACAACAUUGCCCAGCGGAUGACGCUCCAGAACAUGUACAUGACAUACGGAGGGACCAACUGGGGUCACCUCGCAGCACCCGUCGUCUACACUUCGUACGACUACGGGGCGCCUUUGCGCGAGACCCGUGAGGUUUGGGAUAAAUUCAAGCACAUAAAGCUGAUCAGCCUGUUCACCCGCGUCAGCGAAGGUCUUCUCAACACCGAUAUGGAGAGUAAUGGCACGGGCAACGCAGUCAAUAGCACUGCCAUCUUUACCUGGGUUCUGCGCAACCCGGAGACUGAGGCAGGCUUCUACUUCACGCAGCACGACAACUCCCGCUCUCGCGAAAACACUCCGUUCUCCUUGGACGUCACCACCUCCGAAGGCGAGAUCACCAUUCCCAGCCUUGACCUCAGAGGUCGUCAGAGCAGGAUCGUGGUCACCGACUACCCGGUCGGGGACUACACGCUUCUGUACUCUUCCGCCGAAGUCUUGACCUACGGUCUGUUCGAUGUCCCGGUCCUGGUCUUCUAUCUCAAUGAGGGCCAAGUCGGCGAGCUUGCCUUCAAGGGGGGUCUGAAGAACACGAACUUCACCACGUACGGCGCCGAGACUGACUUCGCUGCCACCGCCACCGGAAACGGAACGUCUGCAGCCUUCAAGUACACGCAGACCAAGGGCGCUACCGUCGUCAAGUUCGCGCAAGGACCGGUUCUCUACCUCCUCGAGAGGUGGUCGGCAUACACCUUCUUCGCCCCGGCAACCACGUCCAAUCCGCACAUCUCGGCUGAUGAGCAGCUUUUCGUCUUGGGUCCUUACCUCGUCCGCUCUGCAUCCGUCUCUGGCAGCACAGUCUCCAUCUCGGGCGACCACCUCAAUGAGACCAGCAUUGAUGUGUACGUCGGUGACCCCUCGGUCGACACCAUCAGCUGGAACGGCGCUGAACUGUCGACCACGCGCUCCGCGUACGGUUCGCUCCAGGCCGAGCUACCCGGUAUCGUCGACCGCGAAGUCACGCUACCGGCCCUCUCCGGCUGGAAGGUUGCCAACGCGCUGCCUGAAGCCGACCCCUCCUACGACGACUCCCGUUGGACCGUCGCGAACAAGACGACGACGCUCAGCCCUCUCGCGCCGGCCACGCUGCCCGUCCUCUACGGCAGCGACUACGGCUUCUACACCGGCAUCUUCAUCUACCGCGGCUACUUCGACGGCACGGGAGCUACUGGUGCCAACAUCACCGUUCAAGGCGGCGUAGCGGCGGGCUGGUCGGCAUGGCUGAACGGCGCACUCGUCGGCGGCCAUCCGGGUAACGCGUCGCUCAUCUCGACCUCGGCUGUGCUCGACUUCUCCGGCGCGGAUCUUGUAGACAAGGAUAACGUGCUGACGGUUGUGACGGACUAUAGCGGGCACGACCAAGAUAGCCAGGGGCCGUACGGCCCGCUCAACCCGCGCGGCAUCAUUGCUGCAAGCCUGCUAUCCGCGGGCAAUGCUACCGGAAAUGCGGCGACUUUCAAGCAGUGGAAGAUCCAGGGCAAUGCUGGUGGCGGUGCCGGCUACGUCGACCCCGUCCGCGGCCCGCUCAACGAAGGCGGGCUGCACGGUGAGCGUCUUGGCUGGCACUUACCCGGUUUCGAUGUCUCCACAUGGGACGAAGGCGAUCCGCUCGAGGGAUUCACGGGCUCUGGCAUCCGGUGGUACACGACCAAGUUUGAUCUUGAUGUCGAUGAGGACCUGGACGCACCGAUCGGGCUGGAAGUGAGCAUCCCGGACGGAACGGUGGCGAGAGUGCAAAUCUUCGUAAACGGUUAUCAAUAUGGCAAGUACCUACCACACAUUGGCCCGCAGACGAGGUUCCCGUUCCCGCCGGGUGUGCUCAACAACAAAGGCUCAAACACUCUGUCGCUCAGCGUCUGGGCGCAAUCGGAAGAGGGUGCGGCAUUUGAAAAGCUGGAUCUUGUUCUGUAUGGCAAGUACCAGACGGACUUUGGCUUCUCGAGGGAUUGGAGCGACCUGCAGCCAGGUUGGUCCGAGGAUCGCCUGCAGUAUGCAUAG